UCACGCAAAGAGCUCUCAUUUGGUCUUUCCCCCCCAAUCGGCUAGCAAGCAAUGGGGGAUCGUCAGGGACAGACAAAUAUACUUUCUGCACUACAGCAGGACCCGCGCGCUCAAGACCUCCCCAUUGCGUUCUAUAUAACCCGUGCAGCCGCCGCCAGCCGUAGUCAGUUUUACAGCGGCCCAGAGUCCAGUCCGCCCCCUCCAUACGUAUCCCGCAAAAGUCCAGAUAAGAAAAACCGUCCGACGCCACCAGCCGCGAGCCGAGCAGCGCAGCCAAGCCUUCAGCCAAGCACACGGGACCACGACGGCGCAGCCAAGAAAGCGACAGAAUUAACCUAUAAGACGCGAGUAGGUCUCUCUCUCUCUCUCUCUCGGUCUCUCUCUUGCCUCUCUCCGUUCCCAAGAAUACAAAGAAAAGAGGCAAACCAAAAAUUAAUCCGCCUUUUCCAAAAUGUAGAAAAACCCACUCCGCAAAAACCCGGUUAUCCUCGUUGCUGCUGUAGUUUCUUAUUUGUCACGCCAUUAACACCGUCCCAUGCCGUUUGGUCUUUCUUUUGCGAAACACCGGAAACACCAUACAGAAGAAAAAAGAAGAAGAAGAGGAAGAAGAGGGAGAAAAGAAGGAUAAGAAGAGAAGAAUGAGAAAAAAAAAAGACAAUGCACGACGACACGCUUGUACGCAGCACGCGAGAUUGGAAGCGAGGCCGCCAAAGCAAAGACGCAACCCAGGCUGCCGCUCUGCCAUUCGGCGGCAUUAUUUUCAACAACG